AGAAGUCUGCUGCUACUGGUCGAGGUCUGUGGUGGGGGGCGAUCCUAUUGUAUUUGGAACUCAAAAGCUUGAACGCGCAUAUUCCAACAGCACAGUAUUUGUUCAAGGUCCCCUAAAACCAGAGAGAACAGGAGUGGACGUACUUUAAUGCAGAUCUAACAUUUCCGCGGGACAGCUCUGAGAUUCACCAACACCAUUAAUAUCCCACUAAUUUAGCAGAUUUACACCUUUCUUCUUAUCGCCAAGACUGGUGACAGUCUGGAACCAUCGAGAUGAUGGUUUAGAAUACUUUGAGAGCAUAUGAAAACAGCCGACCAGAACAUUUUCUAGACGACUCGCUCCGGGACAACUCUUCCGGCAGUGUGUGUUGGUGCUUGAGACCGAGAAGCACCUGCUCUAGCCUGCGGGAAGUUGAUUAUGUGUAGGCGCUUUCUGACCUCUUACUGCGUCAGUUUUUGUGCAUUUCGCUGCUGAGAGGAUAGCCGUGUCCCGAGGAGGAUGCCGAACAGGCUGAAGACGCAGUCCUGAAGAUUGAUGGAGGGUCAUGCUAUUCAAACAGCAGGCGUUGCUGAGACAGAAGCUCUUCUUGUUGGGCAGCCUUGCUAUUGGGAGUCUCCUCUAUCUAGUGGCCAGGGUUGGGAGCUUGGAUAGGCUGCAGCCUAUUUGCCCCAUAGAGAGCAGACUGGGCCCUCCUCACCUGCCGGAGCAGUUCCCUCUCCGGACCCUGCAGUAUAAGCGUGGUCUGCUCCACGAGAUCCGCAAGGGCAAUGCCACCAAAGAGCAGAUCCGCCUGCACAACCUGGUGCAGCAACUGCCCCGGGCCAUCAUCAUCGGAGUGCGCAAGGGCGGCACGCGCGCCCUGCUGGAGAUGCUCAACCUGCACCCAGCUGUGGUCAAGGCCUCGCAGGAGAUCCACUUCUUUGACAACGAACAGAACUACGCCCGGGGCAUCGACUGGUACCGGGAGAAGAUGCCCUUCUCCUUCCUCCACCAGAUCACCAUUGAGAAGAGCCCCGCCUACUUCAUCACAGAGGAGGUCCCCGAACGCAUCUUCAAGAUGAACUCCUCCAUCAAGCUGUUGAUUAUUGUGCGUGAGCCCACCACCAGAGCUGUGUCCGACUACACACAGGUGCUGGAGGGCAAGGAGCGUAAGAAUAAGACCUACCACAAGUUUGAGAAGCUGGCCAUCGACGGCAACACGUGUGAUGUGAACACAAAGUAUAAGGCGGUACGGACCAGCAUUUACACCAAGCACUUGGAGCGCUGGCUGAAGUUCUUCCCCGUGGAACAUUUUCACAUUGUGGACGGCGACCGUCUGAUCACAGACCCGCUGCCUGAGCUGCAGCUCGUCGAGCGCUUCCUCAACCUCCCCUCCAGGAUCAGCCGGUAUAACCUGUAUUUCAAUGCCACCAGGGGAUUCUACUGCCUGCGAUUUAACAAUGUCUUCAACAAGUGCCUGGCAGGCAGCAAGGGGCGCAUCCACCCUGAGGUGGACCCCUCAGUGGUGGCCAAACUGAGGAAGUUCUUCCACCCCUUCAAUCAGAAGUUUUAUCAGAUUACUGGGAGGACGUUCAACUGGCCCUGAGAAACUAAGGGAAGGUCUAGGCCUAGCCUAUUUGAACUUCUUAACUGAAGUUGUUCUGUUGGCAUUUUCAAGAUGUCAACCACAACAAUAUUAAAGGAUAUUAAAAGCACUUUGAUUGAAUUUAAUACGUCGAGGAGAGUGGGGUAAGUCGAGCCGAAGGAUUAGUUGAGCUACUCCUUGUUUCUAGGAAACCAUAUACAAAAUGUACCAUGUGACCAAAUAUUAAGGAAGAGGUCGUCAUUUCAUGGAGUCUAGAAAAAAACACAUGGACAAAGUGGUAAGCAAGUUAGGGCAAAUGAAUGUAUUGUGUUAUAGGUUUCAUGUGGCUUGUAUCUAAACCAAGGUGGAUUGUUUUGUAUAUCAGUUGGGGUCUCUAUAAGCUACAAUAUGAGGUCCUAAACCUAGCAUGAAAGCGCAUCCUUGUACCUGUGUGGGCUAAUAUAGUAUAAAUGUUUGCCUUGGGGUAAGUUGAGCCAAUGGCCACCAUACCCCAUACAGAUUAUGAUUACAUUUAGUCAGGUUUAUGCAUAAUAUGCAUAGUAUUUUUGCAAUGUGUCAUGCAUAUGAACUCAAUAUACUGCAUUUGUAUUGUUAUAGAGCAGACCUAAUCAUUCCCUGUGUAUACAAAUGUAAAACAUGCAGGGAUCUAGCCCCCCUUUAGGUUCUUGAGAGAGCAGCCAAGGAAGUGAGAGAAGGGAAAAAGUCCAUUCCAGAAGCACCAAGGGAUGAAAAAAUGUACUGAAUGACGCUGAGGUACAUUGCCAAAAAUGAAAACAAACAUGUACCUGUGUGAAAGAGAGGCUGUGACAGAGUAGCAGAGACACACAAGGUCUUAUCUGAUGACAUGGAGUCUGAGUUGUAUAAAGAGAGGCUGUGACAGAGUAGCAGAGACACACAAGGUCUUAUCUGAUGACAUGGAGUCUGAGUUGUAUAAAGAGAGGCUGUGACAGAGUAGCAGAGACACACAAGGUCUUAUCUGAUGACAUGGAGUCUGAGUUGUAUAAAGAGAGGCUGUGACAGAGUAGCAGAGACACACAAGGUCUUAUCUGAUGACAUGGAGUCUGAGUUGUAUAAAGAGAGGCUGUGACAGAGUAGCAGAGACACACACGGUCUUAUCUGAUGACAUGGAGUCUGAGUUGUAUAAAGAGAGGCUGUGAUAGAGUAGCAGAGACACACAAGGUCUUAUCUGAUGACAUGGAGUCUGAGUUGUAUAAAGAGAGGCUAUGACAGAGUAGCAGAGACACACACGGUCUUAUCUGAUGACAUGGAGUCUGAGUUGUUUAAAGAGAGGCUGUGACAGAGUAGCAGAGACACACACGGUCUUAUCUGAUGACAUGGAGUCUGAGUUGUAUAAAGAGAGGCUAUGACAGAGUAGCAGAGACACACACGGUCUUAUCUGAUGACAUGGAGUCUGAGUUGUAUAAAGAGAGGCUGUGAUAGAGUAGCAGAGUCACACAAGGUCUUAUCUGAUGACAUGGAGUCUGAGCUUGCUAAACAUAUCCAGAAUAUCGCAGACCAGCUUCAUGGGCUUAGUAGCCUCAAAUGCAGUGAACUUGCCUACGAAUUGGCACAUCGAAACAAUAUCACUGUCCCAGACAACUUGUCAAGAAAUGCAAGGGUAAGUCAUAUUUAACAGAUCCAUCUAUAUCUGAAUAUAGGCAUACAUUUGAAAUUUACAGUACAAUAUACCUCACCCCCUUUCCAUGAAUUAAACUUUGACCAACCAGCACCAUCACCCACUAUCACAGGGCACCUACACCGACUUACCCCAAGGUGGCUCAACUUUUUCCUUAUGCUCAAUUUACUCUGGGAUAAGUUGUGCAAAGAGACCAAUUUUGUUUUUGACAAACUAUGUUUUUAAAACUGUUAUGUUUACAUGAAUUCUGAUUAUUUCCAGGGAUACACAACAUCCUGAAAUAUAUGUAGAUAUCUUUGUUAAAAAGAAUACUAUAUUGCCGUAGUGAGGCUGAAUGUAAAAAUGGCUCAACAUACCCCACUCUCCCCUGUGAGAAUGACAAUGUGACCAAAAUCUGUAAUGGAAUCAAUGUAUGUUUGUUUCUUAAUAUGUAAGGGGGCAUAAGAGGAUAAAGGGUUUGUGAGUUGUGUGAUUACAAAACAAUUCAGUUUAAUGCACCUGAUCUUUCUUCAUAAUAAUUCACCUGUCUGACACUUGUGCCCGUUAUAAACUCUGCAUUUUGCCAUCAUCUCAGCCAAUAUUGAAUGAAGGGUAGACUACAAUGAGCGAUAAACAUGAGAUUAUGUUAAGUGAACAUGUGGAUUUUAAAAGACGAAUUGUCAGUCAACAACACAUACAUUUAACAUUUUUAAAGGCUAUAUCAUGAAGCUAUAUAUGUGGCAAUGUUUCAUAUAAAAACAACCUUGACAAAGACGUAGGCUUACAUGUUCUUGCAGUUCUAAGUGUGAUAGUCUUGCAUUUAUUACAGUCCUCUCAUUUUGGUUUUGCUUUUCUCCUGCAUGUUUAUUGAACAUACAAUUGACAAAGCAUGGGCUCUCUAAUGUAGUUUUGUGUUAUUUCAUUUAUUCCAGUAUCAUUCUUUAAACAUGUGCUACUUUUAUUUGUUUCUAUGUUGUUUUUAGGUAGUUAAAUUUUUCUCAAACUACCAUGACGUACUUGUAUCUGUAAUAUAACCCAGACAUCUGUAGAAGGGUAGGAGAUUCUCAUGAGGGAAUGGGAACAUAGAUUUCUCAUAAAAUUCUGACUCCGAUGAUGUCCUCAUACAUCAAGCAUUUAAAUGUUGAAUAAGAGAUUUAAGUGGUAACUUUGUUCUCAUUCUUUUUCUCCAGUAUUAAUAACAUGUUUGUCAUUCCCCUUGGUGAAAAGCCACAGUAAAAAAAGUAAUUUGUUAGUUACUGUCAAACCAUCUAAUGCUUAUUCUACUACAAUUAACAUAUUUGUCUUAUGUGCAAAUAGCCAUCCUGUAUCAUAAGUGUGUUGUUCUGUAACAAAAAAUUAUUGAAUUAAAAUGACAUUUAAACACGUGUCA